ACAUUACAACAUGCUUCAAGCAUUGCAGUUUUGUACAUUACAAAACCAUCUGAUCUAAUUAAUGAUAUAGAAUCUGAAGAAAAUGAAACAAAUGGCUUUGGUGGUUGGAAUCUUGAUAAAGAUAAUAAUAACCUUGACUUAGACCUAUAUAAGGCCUAUUGUGAAGAAUUUAAUAUGUUUGGCGCUUUAAAUACAUACAAGGUUUCGUUUUUUGACUAUAUUAGUUAUGUUGUCAUAGAGGAGGAUAAUGAUGAUAAUCCUUCAGUAGAACAUAGUAAAGCAGCCAAUUCUUGA